AUGGCUAAAAAAGUUUGUGUAAUAAUCGUCAUUGUCAAUUUAAUUCUUCUAGGAGGGGCAGCCGUUUUCAUCGCUUGGUAUUCCGAUCACAUGGUGUUUCCAUCCUUCUCCGUCGAGCAAGGCGCCAUCAACGAGUACAAAUUCAACGCCACGAAUCACCUCAAUGCUAAGUUCAUCUUCAUUGUUCAUUCACAAAACAAUGAUCCAAAAUAUGAUAUCACGUACAAUAAAGUCGUGGUCUCGGUGUACCAUUUAAAUGGUUAUAGCUUGACGUAUGAGGCGGAGAACCCUUACACGGUGCACCACCGGAAUAGCACAUUCUUCACCGCUCAUCCGGUGGCACACGACGUGGUGGUCUCUGAUAAGGGUAUCGCGGAGGAGAUAAGGAACGAGACGAUGGCUGGGCAUUUGGAUUUGGAGGUUAGGGUGAGGGUUGAUGUGAAGUAUGAAGUUAAAGGGUGGAAGAAAAAAGAGUAUCUUUUGAAGGCUAUUUGUUCUCCGGUUGUAGUCAAUUUUACCACUUGGAAGACUUUUAACAAAACAUAUUGUAAUGUUGAUAGUUUUCAAACUUAG